UCUUUACAUUUCUUUAUAUAAUCUAAAUUAUUUCUUUACAAUGGUAGCCGUGACUCAAAUCUUUAUAAAAUACAAUUUUUAAAAACCUAUUAGAUUAGAGUCAUUGUAUAUUAUUUUAAUAGAUACGAUUGUUAUAAAUUGUAAGAAUAUUCUACGAUAAUUCUCUAGAAAACUCUUAUAAUUUAAUCACUUUUCUCAUUUUGUUAUUAGAUAGCAGCCAUCAUAGGGCGGCUAUCUAAUAUUUUGGAACGUGGCCCAUAGAUUGAAAAACGUUGAUUUAAAUGCAAUACCACCGAAGCGCGAGCAGGUAUUCGAAAAAAAAAAAAAUGGGAAUACAAAUAGCGCCGUGAAUUUUUGUCGUUCAGUGACAUUCUAGAAAAUCAACUAAUAAUAAAAGAUCGAGGAUAUCCGAUUCGACGCAAGGAACCAAACGGAACGUGGAUCGAUCCUGAAAACCCUGGUCUGCACGUGCACCAGCACUUCCUAUAUACAUAUAUACUUGCUUUCUGUCCGAAGAGUUUGAACUUCGAAAUCGUCCGUAUUAAAUUCAAUGAUAAUGCAAAAAAAAAAAAAAAAAAAAUAAAAGAAAAGAAAAGAAAAGAAAAAAGCCAUUCGGACGAAUAAGAAUAAAAUGGAAAUUGGCUUUUACGCGUUCAUAUUUACAUUUACAAAUUGUUUCAUUUAUUUUCAAAGCCGCAUUGAUUUAUCAGCUCGGGUUGGUUUUUAAUCUUCUACAAAUUAAUUUCGAAGGUACAUUCGUAUUGAACUAUACAUAUGAGAUGUACUUAUUAAAUUGUACAUAUAUAAUUAUUAAAUGUUUUAUCGUAAUAUUUAUACAUUUCAAAUAUUUUCAUUUCUUUUUAUUACGCAAAAAAAAACCAAUCAUUAUUUUUCGAUAAAAAAAAAAAAAAAAAAACUCUAUAUAUAUUAUUUUUAUUAUUUUUAUUAUUUUAUGUAACAGAUGCAAAUCCCAAUGAUUGCCAUAGAUUUCCGGCGAGAAUAUGAUUUCGAAAAUGCAAACGAAGUUUCUCAGGCAGAGUACACGUAGAAUGCGCACCGCAUGAUGUACCUUUGCAUGAGAAAGAAUGAUGAGCGCAAAAAAAAGCAAAACAAAAAAAAAAGAAUAAAAGAAAAAAAAAGAAAAAUUUCCUAUGGAUGCAGCAAAGCGUAUCUCGUACGUAUUUUGAGCCUGCAUGUCCGUUCUCUUAUUUCUCUCUGUAACGUGCCUGUUAAAUAGAUGAACGUCUAUUUCAACUAUCUACUCUCUAUACUCGACUCGACCUUUCAUAUCUUAUCCUUUAAGACUACUCAUUUUCCUUUCUUAUACAUACUAUGAUCGAUCGAUAUAUCGAAUAUUAAAAAGAAAAAAAGAAAAAAAAAAAAAAGAAAAAGAAAAAAACAGUAUGUAAACUUUCAAAAUGAUUCCUUUUCGUCAUCCUAUUAAAUAUUCCACUUAACUUUUCGAACGAGAAAGAAUAAAAAUAAUUUGAAAUAGAAUUUGAUCGAUUUUGAAACGUGCUCUCUGUAAUCGAUUUUUGCAAAUGUAAACGACGUCAUUCCUAUUAACAAUUAGAGGCCAAGAAUCCUUGGAGCGGUAAUCCCGAGAGCAGUACGAAUCAGGCAGUAUCACUACCACUAUCACUAUCACCACUGUCACGACCAACAGAAGCAACAUACUACUCGCAUACCUAUAUAUAACACAUCACGACGCAAACCCGUCCGUGCACGUUUACCGAUGCGAUCACGCACCCACUCACCCCGUUCUCGUCCGCGUCUCUGCUUUUGUGUUACAGAGUAUCUGCCCUCCUCCGCCUCGGUAGACCUAUCGGGUACGGACUCAGCCCUCUAUCCAUUCGACCCGCAGCAGGAGAGCUACCAAGAGAUCUGGUUACCGCCGACCAGUAUGUAUCCCUAUUUUCUGUUCCCCGGGACCGCGCGCACCUCGUACCACGACUACGAAAUACCGUACGAAGGACAAGAACAGGGACAUCGCCGUCAGCACGGCCAUCGACAUCAACCCGGUCGCCAUCAGGAGGCACCGGAAAAGCCAGCCAAGCCCAGCGUGUUCGUCGUCGACGCGAACGAUCCACGGAGGAACGAUUUAAACAACGUUGAUCCUCGUAACGAGGAUCGUUUCGUCGUGACCGACGACGAACACUCGUCGGCUGGUCGGUUCCAUCUUCCAGGUUCAAGGUUGGGCAACCGGAGGCAGGAGGGUGCCCGGGGAGAUGGGAUCUUUCAAGAUUUUGAUGGCUCCUCUUCAUCCUCCAACGUCCAUUCCUAUUCUUCUUACCCUUCUUCCUCGUCCUCUUCUUCUUCUUCUUCUUCUUCUUCUUCAUCAUCUUUGUCUUCUUCUUCUUCUUCUUCUUCUUCUUCUUCUUCUUCUUCUUCUUCUUCUGACGCGUUUUCCAAGCAUGAUCGUGCCUCCAACACAGUGCACCUGCAGCCAAGGCACCCCCACCAAAGCGAGCAUGACGCGCACCUGCACCAUCACCAUCAUCACCAGCACCAACAGCACCACCACAACCACAACCAGCACCACUACUACCACCAUCACCCUGCACCUGCACCGUCCCCGUCGUCUUCUUCGUCGUCUUCGUCUUCCUCGUCGUCAUCGUCGUCUUCGUCAGCAUCCUCGUCCUCGUCAUCGUUGUCGUCGUCGAACGCGCAACCACCGCGACCGACGCCUACCGUCGACGAAACUAAACGAAUCGAGACACCGCAAGUCGCGCCACCAAAGAAAUUCGCACCGAGGCCAACCUACGAGCAUCGGGCGAUCUUCGAUCGCGUCGACGACGACCUCGAUGACAUCGAGUUCAGGAUCGGCGCUCUGCCAGUCGAUCGGCUCUUCGAUCUGCGCGAGGCUUUCGAAGGCUUCGUCGAUCAAGUGAAGGUCAUCUCUCAUCCGGACAACUCUACGAGCUUCGAGGUAAUCGAGUCUCAAGUGGAGAACCCAUUGAUUGAUGCCGAUCAUCAAGAUCUUCUAGCGAUGAAACAGAUACCUGUACCUGGUGAUCAUCAUCGACGAUCUCAUCGAAAGAAGAAUCAGACUGUGGAAGAACUCGAUCAAGCUGCAGCUCUACCAUCUGCUAAAUCGGAAAUUGACAAGAUUCAGCAACCACCUAAGUUGAUACUUUCCAGCACAUGUCAUCAUGCAUACACAUCGUGCAAGAACGACCCGGAGUGCAAGGCAUUAUUACAGCCGGUCCUGAAUUACUGUGGUUUGACGAGCUGCGCGAGAAACGAAUGUAUGGCAGCUCUACAACACUUCUAUAAAACGGCUAAUCACAAGCACUCCAUCGAAAUAGCUUUCUGUUUGUGCCGAAAAACCGAUGGCAGAAAAGACGAAUGCAUCGUAGCACAAGAAAAGAUGCAUCCUGCAUGUGCUCAACGUAUCGAAGGUGCCGAUAUGCCCACAUGUCACAGUCUCGCGGAAACUUGCAAGAAAAACGAAGCCUGCCGCAUGAGAUUGGAGCAUUACGAGCAAAAUUGUGCGGUAGACAGCGUAACGAAAAAAUGUGCUGGACCACCAUCCGAUUGUAGGAAAGCGAUGCUGGGUAUACUUGGGACCGAACUUCGUUCAAAUUGCGCUUGCAAAGGCACUGACUUCACGCAACUCUACGACUGUCUUGGUUGGCAAAGACUCCUUUGGGUUAACCCGUGUGUAGUCGAGUCUCAAAAGGACUACCAUGCACGUCGAAAACACCACCACUAUCCAAGAACAACGCCGAUUGGCAAUAUUCCGUCGACGACAACAAUGACGACGUCGUCGUCAACUACGAGAACACACGUAAGCAUGACUGCUACUACGAUGGCCACCGCGGUUGAACGAGUUGAAGAUAAUCAAAUACCGGAAGUAACGAGGUGGCCGACCACCGAACCCACGGAAACUUUAGAAAUCACGACUAACACCGUUAGUACGACGCCAAGCACAACUACAACGACAACCACACCGCCCCGCUUUUGUGUCGUUCAAAGGCCAAGACAGAGCCAUCAGUACAUACGAGAGGGUAAAGGCAAAAGGCUUUAUCGCGAAGACGAGCCAGAAUGUUCGGAGCUCUGUCAAUGCGGUGAAGGCGAAGUUCUCAUCUGCAAUACGAUCUGCGUCGAUUCAUCUCCUUGUAAAACGGACUUCGCUUACUAUAACCAUGAGGCGCCAGCUUAUCAGGCCCACCGUGGUCCAUGUCUCUGCUAUAGUGGUGGUUUCAUAUGUAUGCGUCCAUCACCUGGAGCGUACAGUAUACCGCACGGAGUUUUUAUGUUCUUGGGAUAUAGCGAAAAGGACGAGACCUUGUUAAGGCCACACAACAAUCUUACGGUCCUAGACGCCGUUUCGUCUCUCGACAAUUUCAUGCGAGAGGAAGUCAAUAACCAGACCGUAUGCACGCUCUUCCUCUACAAUGUGACUCGAGAGAACGUGAUUGCAGUAGCACGUCUUGGUACGGACAAUCCACCCUUAAAUAGCAGUCAAGCUCAGAGUUUGCAACACCUCUUGCGAGUCAAGGAGGAAUGCGCUUCCAUGCUGGAGGAUUUGAGCCAGAAGAUCAAUAAUAAGCAUCAUGAAGUUCACACGCAUCCUUUACUCUCGAUAUUCAAGAUGGCCGAGGUCGCGGUUAAACUACCCUAUAGCAACGAUGGUAGAAGCAUGUCAAGGUCAUCGAGUUCUAUCCUCCUACUCGUGCUCCUCGCGUGCAGCGUUCUCGCGUCCACUUCGACGUGUCUCGCCGACGAUUCGUGACACGUAUAAAGUUACCUAUUCUAGAAGAGAAGGGGAAAAAGAGCCUCGAGUGUUUAAAAUAUCAACGACGAUUUAGGGACAUGAAAAAGUGUCAGAAAGAGUUUAAUGAAAAAAGGAAAGAAUGAAAAAUGAUGUAUGUAGGUAUAUGUGUGUUUAUGUGUGUGUGUGUGUGUGUGUUUGUGUAUGAGUAUGUGUGUAUGUGUGUAUGUAUGUGCGUGUGUGCAUUUACGCGUACGUUUUCGUACGUAUAUGUAUGUAUGUUUGUAUCUGCCUGUAUGUGGUGCGUAGAUAUUUGCGUAAGGAAGUUUAAUUCAUCUUUUUCGAAAAAGAUAUAAAAUGGCUAUCUGUCUGACUAUCCAAACUUGUUCCUACAAUCGAGAAUCGAACGAUACUAUAAAAAAUUAAGCCAAGUAACUUACCGUGUAAUAGAUUACGGUUAAACAUACGCCAUAUAUGUGGUAGUAUUACAAUAAGAUCGUAAUAAGAAAAAAUUCUGUACGUGAUACGUAAUGUAAAAGAAUAUGACAAAAGAGGGAAAGAUUUAUUUUCUUAUAUGUUUCUUCUCGAGUCUAUUUUCAUUCACGUUGUAUUUUGAAAAUAUUGAUUGAAGAGAAAAUAGAAUAGCAAAACCGAAUUAUAGUCGCGUUGUCAUAAAAUCGAACGUAUAGAAACAGCUGCAGUUACCUGCUCGAUCUCGAUGCAAAACGUGCUUUUUCUGAUAUUCCAUUUUCAAUAAGAAAUAGAUCACGUAUGAAAAAAGUGAGCAUAAAUUCAAAUACAUAGUUCGCUGCUGGACCAGCGAUAAUAUUACAAUCUCUUCCAAAGGAUCUUGGCUAAUGUAAAAUCCUGUCGCAAUAAUUAUAUUGACCCAAAAUAAAUUACGACACGAUACCAGCAGAGUUCAAGUUCUACUCUAAAGAAAAUUAUGAAAAAUCUCCUAAGGCAUGGACGAUCCUAUAAUCAUUGGAGAUAAAAUCAAGUACGAUACUCGAUUGACUGGAAUGACUUCGUUUGUAUAAAUCGAAUGAAUUAGAGAAAGAAUGAGAAAGAGAGAGAGAGAGAGAGAGAGAGAGAGAGAAAGAGAGAGAGAGAGAGAAAUAGAAAGAAAGAAAGAAACAGAGAGUCUGUAAAUGACUAACAUUAAUUAAUAUGUAUAAUGAAUUAAUCAACAAGCUCCUCCCAUAUUGGACCAUUAGGUGUGUUUGUUAAAGUUGAAACUUGAAGCGCAAAUAAAGCGUUUUCAGGUUAAUCAUAUGAGGCUCCGAAUAUUGUAGAUCGAAUUAUAGAUUGUUAAUAUAGAUAUAAAAUAAAGGUGUAAAAAAUAGAAGUAGAUACGCUACGUAAAAAAAAAAAAAAAAAAACGAAGAGAAGUUAUCGGGAUUAUACGAGUGGUAUUUUUAAAGCCACCUUAGAUAUCGUAUAAUCAUUAUACUCAACAAGGUGGCUCAAAUUUUCCUAAGCUGUUAUAUCCAAUGUAUGACAUUAACAAGUAAUGCAGGAAUUUACGAUCUCGAACGAUAGAUAGAACGGAAAGAUCGAUGAAGUAACAACGUAGGAAGCAAACAUACGAAAAAAAAUAAUUAUUCACUUACAUAUAUACAAACAAAGUAUACAUAUAUAUAUAUAAAUAUACACACAUAUAUAUAUAUAUAUAUAUAUAUAUAUAUAUAUGAGAAAUAAUAAUAAUAAUAUAUAUAUAUUAUUAUUAUUAUAAACCCAUAUUAAAUUUAAGUAUGCAAAUUUAUUGUAGCUAAGGAAUGAAAGCAUCGACGAAAGCAUGGCGCGGAUGUCCACGCUGACAAACAUCGAUAUAAUAACGUUUGUACAUUGAAACUUUGCGCUGUAGUGAAAAGUUAAGUUUAUUAUAAAGAAAUUCGUCAAUUUAGAAACUUGACUAAUUAUAUGUACAAUCGUAUUGGCAUAUAUGUGAUGCGACGGAUAUGAAUGUAUGCGAUAGAAAAAUUAUUAUUCGACUCACUAUCAUCCCAACUACAUACGAAAUAAUCCUAUGCACAAAGGAUUUUUUAAUAUCCUACUAUUUUGUUAUUUUAUUUUUUCGAUUUUUGGCAAUCAUCGCAUUACACAUUCACGUUAAGUGAAUUCCUUCAUUAUUCAUAGAUAAUCAAUGUAGUGGUAAUUCGUAAAAAACAUUUUAUCGAAUUGUCUCGAUGCAUUCGCUAUUAAUUUAUACGGGGAAAAGCGUUAAAGACGUAUUCUUCUGUUUUAUAAAGGUAUAUAGGUUGUAAUUGUAAUCGAGUACAAUGCACGGCACAAUAUUGCAAUCUACUCGACAGGCACAAUGUGUUAAUUUUGACGAGAAGAGAGUUGGGAUGUACGCGAGCGAGAUUGAAUGUACGUGACGUGGCUAUCGGAAAAGCAAUAAUGUAUAAAGUUUAUGAUCCACUGGCACAUUGCUCAAAGAGAUAGAAUAUGUAAAUCUCAUGUUAUAUAUACAUAUAUACGAUAACACAUAUACAUCCAGGUACAAUACGAAGAAGAAAUUCGCGUACGUGUUAAAUAGAUAAAAAAUUCGUGGCUGGUGUCCGAACAAUCGUCCAAAACGAUCCAUUUUGGAGUGACCAAACGUGCGUUCGUAAAAAGAAAAAGCAUAAAUGAUCAAAGUCGAUGAAAAACAAAAAGCUCGUUCGUGUUGUAAUCAACCGCUGAAUUGUUGUUGAACAUAUUUUUGCGGUAGUUUAAGAAGGCAUAGAUACGCUUGAAUCUAUCAAGGAAAAAAAAUAACAAAACAAAACAAAACAAAAAAAAAAGAAAGAAAGAAAAAAAGAAAGGAAAACAAAUAUCUAAAUUUUCGUUAUCUUUGAUCAUUGUAUUCGAAUAAAAUCUUUAAGGGUUUUGCUUGGUUCAAGCAAAGCGUAACAUCGAAAGAUUCUACUAGAUUGUGUCCAUUGAAAUGAAUCAUUUUCAUUCUCUCCAUCGUACAACAUUUCUUUGAACAAUUGCUCUCUCGUUGUAUAGUGGAAUUGUAUAAAUAGUUUUAUCUUAUAUAUUUAUUCGUACAAAAUAAGGUAAUCGCAUUAUACGAUAGUAUACUUAAUAAUGCUAUUUGUUAAUUGAAAAAAUGAGAUUGUCUCUGAUAAUUAUAUUAGACGAGUUAUUUUCACGAAGCAAAAAAUGGAACGUUCGUCCAUUCAUUUAUCGAUUCUAAAAGAAAUUUUUCUUUUUUCAUUCUUAAUAAUAUCACAUGCUAAGUUGCAAAAAAUUCUUGAUGAUCUUCGGCCUAAUUAUACACUUAACAUUCAAUAAUUUUAUUUCUACAAAGUGAAUUAAAAGUUCUUAUGUGAAUCGAUAGUUGUUUCAUAGGUGAUCUUAAAAAUCAAUUACUUUUUUGCGAGACAAUCACGAAAAAAAAAGUAAUUGAUUUUUAAAAUCAUUUAUGAACUUUUGAUUCAUUAAAAAAUUUUUAAUCCGCCCUGUAUUUUAAAUAUACGAAAGUAAUACGAAGUAAUAAAGUUCUUGAGUUAAUAUUUGAAAAGAAAUUCGAAUAUAUUCGAGCUUCGUGAAAAUGGCAGAAAAAUUGAAAUAUUUCUCUAUAAUAAUUGACAAAACAAAAUAAAAAAGAUUAUUUAUACGUAAUUUUACAAAAGCACACAGCUAAGUGAUCGCUGAACGUGCAACAUAAUAUAUUUGAUCAUAAGUUGUCUCUUCCAUAUAAUUUACUCGAAAAACAAAAUGAGAAAAAGCCAAAAAUUGCAAGAGCAACAAAAAAAAAAGAAAAAGAAAAAGAAAAGAAAAUAAAAGAAAGAAAAAGAGAGAAAGGAAGACACAGAGCAGUGAUUACGAUGAAGAGACCGAUACGAUAAUAAACUACGGUGGUUCCAAUUGAACAUAUCAAGGCCUCUUAGAAAAGGCUAGCCAAUGCGCGAUUUUACUCUGGUUUCAAAUAGAUUCAGUUUUUUCGAAGCUUUUUUCAAACGAAAAGGACACGAUUAAUAGAAAAAAAAAAAGAAACAAAAUAAAAUAAAAUAUAAAAGAGAAUGAUUCGUUUGCUGGAUGUUGCUAAUACGUACGAACCAUUUCGAGAAUAAUCGCAUUUGUAUGUUUGGCCUAAUUUUAACGCAUUAAAAAAUUAAAAGUAAAGAAUAAGACUAAAAGAGAAAAAAGAAAACAUAUGGAUGAUAAUAAUUCGUUUAAUAUUACAUAUCCAAAAGAAACAAAAAGAAAACGAAAGGUUCAUACUGCAACAAUAAAUGUUUCGAGACGUGUUAUUAUCGAAGCUCCUGUCAAAUGAAUCAUUUUAUCGUACUAUGGUAACAUUUGUGGCAAGGGUCAGAUAUCAAUUUUCCACGAGAUGCAAGCGCUAACGUGUCUUUAGAAUAUUCCAACGUCCUAGAUAAUAAAAUUCAUCCAUUUACAAAUUCCUGCCUUACCGAUGAAACAGAACAUCAUGGAAAAGGUAAUGAUUAUCAUACGUCUAUAAAGUAGAAUCUUUUUAUUUCGUUUGUCUCAUCAAACGGGACAUUAAAAUGUCGUUUUUUUAUUUUUUAUUUGAAAAUCCACCAAACUAUAGAAAUGGGAACAUCUUCAUGAAGAAUCCUCGUGAAAUAAAAUAUUUAAUAUGUCUAUGAUCGAAACGACGAUAAUCUCAUAAAUGAUGCUCCGUCGAUCAAACAGAACAAAAGGCGAAAGCUCGUUCUCGUGAAACAUACACAACACUUACACACAUGCAGAAAUGCAUACCUUUUAUGUGCAUAUAUACAUACACAUAUUAUAUCACAAGUAUAAAAUACGCGAACCAUAUAAAUAUACAUAUAUACAAUACUAUAUAUAUAUAUAUAUACAUAUAUAUAUACAUAUAUAUAUAUAUAUAAACAUAUAUGUACAUAUUUUUUAUUACUUGAAAGACACUCUGACCCCGGCCACGCGUGCAAUGUGUAAUAUAAACUAUAAGACUAUCUUAUAUGUAAACAUAUUCGUAAGUAGCGCACUGCUAUAAGCAUGCUUAAACCUUCCUAAACGACUCUGGUACUCAUUAUAACGUGUGUUCGCUAUCGCUCCUAAUCUCGCAUAGGCGAGCGAUUAUUCGAGUAUUUGGGCAAAGUCGGCGACCGGGUUAUAUAGGAAUAAAAAAAAAAAAAAAACAAAAAAACAAAAAAAUACAUGCGAAACUAUGUUUUUCGUCAUAUAAAAAUAAAGAGAAAGAGACUAGAUUCUAUAUUAUGAAAUAUCGAUCGAAUUUUAUCUCGGCUAUCGUGAUUAGUGUAUCCUAACUGUUAUUAAUAAACGGUUGUUUAGAUUAAUGUGAUUAUAAUUGCGAUUCUCUCUCUCUCUCUCUCUCUCUUUCUCUCUCUCUCUCUCUCUCUCUCUCUCUCUCUCUCUCUCUCUCUCUCUCUCUGU